CCCGAACCAUACCCGGCCUUAUCGGACCACCAGUUGUAUAGCGGGUAGGUUCUCAAAAUUCACAGGUCAAGUUUCCGUUGUCUGUCUCCUCCGUUGAAAAACCUGCUUCAAUCUAUCUAUCUAUCUGCAAAUCCAUUUCAUUUACUGUUCGAUUGUAAUAUCAAUGGCUGCUCGAAUCAGAUCAACCCUCACUGGUUUCACCAAGGCUUUCAUAUCUGAUUCUCUAUCAACUCACCGAUCACACGCCUCACGAGCCAUCGUUCGCCCUAAUUUCAUCAACCCCGAGCGAUCAAGAAACUUUGCUUCUGCUUCUCCCUCUAAGGAACCAAAAGUCAAGGUGCCUGUGGCUAUGUUCGGGGGAUCCGGAAACUACGCAUCUGCAUUAUACAUUGCGGCAGCAAAAUCCAACUCAUUGGAUAAAGUUGAAUCCGAACUACUUGAUUUUGUUUCAGCUACUACUAAAGCAUCAACGUUUUCUCAAUUUAUGAAAGAUUUAGCAGUACCAGCGGAUGUUCGAGUAAAAGCCAUUAAUGAAAUCUGUGCUCAAGCUAAAUUUUCAGACGUCACAAAAAACUUCUUAGUUGUUUUGGCUGAUAAUGGUCGGCUUCGACACGUUGACACUAUUGCCAAGAGAUUUUCGGAUUUGACCAUGGCACAUCGAGGAGAAGUCAAGGCCGUUGUCACUACUGUCAUUCCACUUCCUGCUGAGGAGGAGAAAGAAUUGAAAGACACUUUACAGGAAAUACUUGGUAAAGGGAAAACCGUUAAGCUUGAACAGAAGAUUGACCCCAGCAUUCUUGGUGGGCUUGUGGUGGAAUUUGGGCAAAAGGUUUUUGACAUGUCAAUAAAGACAAGGGCAAGGCAAAUGGAACGGUUCUUGCGCGAUCCGAUUAACUUUGACGCUUGAAAAAGGUGGCUUUUUUAACUUCUUUAAGCAUAUGUGUGCGGAUAUUUCGAAUUUGUUUACCGGCCCCAAGAAGAAUGUUUAUUUAUGACAUCUGGUUACUUGAUGAAAUAAUUAUUCACUUUACUCUAAUUUUGCUGUUCUGAUAUUGCCAAUUGCACAAGUGUUGUGUUUUCAUA